GCGGCCGCGCGGGGCAGGGGCGGGGCCUAGGCGGCCUCUGUGAUUGGCCCCUCUCCCGGCCAGCCCCCGCUCCCCGUGCCGGGGGUGGGGGCCCGGCGGGAAGGGAAGCUGCUCGGCGGGAGAGGUCGUUGGCCGCCGCUAGCUCGCAGGUCCCUCAUUAUUUGUAUACAGAAAAAGGAUCAGCCAUGAAAUGUGUAAGAAAAAGAAGCACUGCUGAGCAGACCGAGACUUGUGGCAUCUGGCUGGACACUGCAAAGUUAAAGAAGCGCAAAAUCCAGACUCUCGUAUCCAAGCCAACUUCAAACACACCAAAUCCACUUCUUGAGAGGAACUAUAACGGUCACAUUUCAGUUAAUUUUACUCAGACAAGACUUUCCCAGCCAUACACCAGGCAAACUACCAUCUCUUCAUUCUUCAGCAUUCAACCAACAGGUGAAAAGGAUGAUGAAGAAAACUUAAAGCCAUAUCCUCUUAUGUCAAAUAAAACACACAUAGGAAAAGGCUCUGAUUUCUUGGCUGCCUCCUCUAUGAAGAACUCAGGAGCUGCUAAGUUAGAGGAAGUCCAGGCACCAACCUUGAGCCCUCAUGAGGACAACAUUCAGGAGUGUAGCCAGCUGCUUGUACAAAACACACAAGGGUUGAGCAUUCCCCUGGUGCACUAUACCUUCCCACAAGCACAGGCUAAUGGCAGGAGUGAGUGCACAGCCAUUGCAAGGACCUCAGCUGGUGAGAUAGAAGGCUCUCUCUCCAUAAACUUCACCCAGGAUUCAGAGGGCAAUAGGGUUCUAGCUCACAGGAAUUCAGCUGACUCGUUCACUGGAAGUGUUUCUGUAGCAAAUGGGAUAAUUUCAAGGAAGAGAGAGAGUUACUGGAUAGGUGAGAAAGAGGCCAAUUUGUGCUCCAAGAGGGGGAUAACUAGAGUGGGUCUCAAACCUAAACACCUGAUGAAGCGAGGUAGGAGGAGAUGCAAAAACCUGCCCCCUCGUGGAAUUUCUUUCAUGGAUUUCUCAGAGGUUGAGAAUAUAAGUCCUGCUCCCAAGGGUAAGGAAGGCCAGCAGACCAACUGUCGUCUCUCCCAGGGGCGAACAGCUAAAACAGAGCUUUUGAGAGACAAUAGUCAAAAUUUUGCUGACUGUCACAAUAUGGCUGGUUCAGCAGAAGAGCAGGGGGACAGUAAGAGCAGUCCUACCACACAGUUGUUUACCCAGGAUUCAGAGGGACACAGAGUCAUUUCUCACCAGCGCUUCUAUGAGAGUGCCAGAUCUCCUUUGCAGAAAAAGUAUCUACAGGACAAAACCAAUUUUGUCCAGAGGGUGCCUAGCCCACCCUCUGUGGAUUGCUUUAAAGUUUAUUCUUCAGUGGCACUGGACAGGACUCCUUUAGCUACUACAGCCAUUAAUUUAUGUGAGCCUGAGUCAUGCUAUGAUUUGCUAUUCACACAGGAUUCAGAAGGAAAUAGAAUUAUCAAACAUUGAUUGAGUAGUAAUUUUUUUCUGAAUACAAUGGGAUGCUGAAAAAAUUGACAUUUUUAAUGUCUGUGAAAAUUUCUCUGAAGCCUCCACAGUGCAUCACUUUAAGAAAGAUACAAGGACUAUGUAAGUGUAUACCUUGCAUAUAUGGCCUUUGGCUAGGAGUGGUAUAGACCCAAACACACAGGCUAUUUAUGCUGCAUGUGGAAUUCUUUAUUUGCACAUGUAUAAUCUCUUUUUAAUCAAAGUGAUAAUUUUAUAGCAAGAUGUGUUGUAAUCAAGUUUCCACAUCUGCUCCUAUGAACACAGGGACCAUGUUGUCAAACACUAUCUGAGUGUGACCAUUAAUUUGCACGUUUGGCAGGGCUCUGGUUAGGGGUGGUGCUAUAUAAAAGGAAGCAUGAAGGAUACCUUCAAUCCCACAUUUGAAGAAUAAGGACCCAUUACUUAUUCAAGGGAAAAAAGAGACACCUUGCCCUUGAUUUAGAACAUUGCAAUAUGUCUCAGAAGUCAGAGUCCACAAACCUGAGGACCCAUGCUGUGUAGUCUAGUGUCUCUCAACACAUCUACAGGUGGAUUAUCUACCCCCAAAAUUUAGGUUCAGCUGCCCAGUCAUGUGUUUAGCUUGUGGAAUUCAGUGGUAAAGUGGCACUAAGGUCAAGAACUCAGUAAGAGUCAAAAAUGGACUGGAUGUCUAUAUAGCUAAGAACAACCCUGGGAAUAUUUAAAAACAAGUUUGUAAAGGACACAGAGCCUCUUGCUUCAGCAGAUAGGGCAACCCCUAAUUGACUGGUGUUAUGAGGACUAGAUCUAAGUUGCUUGCAACUUCCUUUGAAGCAUGUGGUACUGGUUACUUGUCUGAUGUAUGGUAAUUAUGUUACUAUAGCAACAGAAUAUUUUGACUUAAAGGGAGUAUGCACACUAUAAUGCUUCUUAAGGGGCACAGCUGUCAGCUAUACAUCCCUUCAUUAAAUUAGUAGGAUUAAGCUACUUUGCUCACUAGAAAAAUCAGAGAUCAUCAUCAGAAACUAUAGUUGUACCAUCCCCACCAAAGGCACUGGUGUGGAGAAGGAAGAGAUGUACACAACAGGCAUUUCAGACCUUGCAAGCCAAAGUUUGUAGCUGUGUAGAGGGUGGGAUCCUAGAAUUUCAGUGCUAAUUGUGAUUGGCACCAGGGUGCUGAAACAAAGCAAGAGUGGAGUGGUAGGUUCACUUAUUUCAAAAUAGAAACCCUGAGAUUAGCGCCAGAUCUGGCUUCACAAUCUGCAGGGCCUCACAACUGCCACAGUAAGGAGGGAGAGGAAGUUAGUGUGACUUUUCUUGCUGGCCCUACCAACAGGGGGUUCUAACAGAGCAAGCUUCCUCCCUCUCUGAGCCAGUUACUGGCUGCAGGAGCAAAUCUGGACUUGAAGUGAGGUUUUCCGUUCGCUGGUCACAGUGUGGGGAAGAAUCUGGCUUGGGUACAUUGUAAGGAGGGAGAGAGGCUAAUUCACCCCAUUCAGAGGCAGCAUGAUAGUAUAGGGCAGGAAGAUCACUCAAAAGUGCAAUCAUUUGCAUUAGCUGACCCGCUAUUGUUCCUAUUAUGUAGGACAAGGCUCCCAUGUUUUCCUCUGACAAUAUGGUAUGGCCACAGCUGUGUAGCUACAGAUGUAUUUUGGGAAAACAUGGCUAAUCUUCCCUAUUGACUCAGCAGAGGAUUGCAUGUAUGGGUGUGUAGAAUUGUGCAAUGCACCUUUGGAAUAUUAUUCCACACCCUGGCCUAAAAUAUGUACCAGCCAGUCCCCCCAGUUAUACUCUCCCAUCCUACAGAAGUGGUGAUAAGUAGGAACUAACGGAGUUAGAUACUAACUGUGCGUGGUGUGUUUCAGGCAGAAUGACAAUAUAUUGUCUAGUUUCCUGCAGCGCAAAUAUUAUGGGAAUUAUGGUGUGGGAGCUGCUCACUCACCCCAAUUCUCUGCUGAGUUGCAAGGACAGUAGAGUGACUUCACAAGAAAGCAACGCAGGAGAGACCAGGAAGAGGGAGCCACAGGACCCAGUGAUUGCUGACAGACAGAUGUCAAGUUGAGUCAACAUGCAGCAUGAUGAUUCAUGCCCUUUGCUGCAGCAGAAACAAACCAAAACAGUUGCUACGGCUCAAGACACCGAUACUCUGCUACAAGCAACGUUUCAGAUACCAGCACAAGCAGACAAUCCUCCAAAAAACCCAGCACAGCUGUUGACUAUCGAGGAAACCUGCAAAUAUCAUUGGAGAACUAAGUAUAGGGAUCCAUUUAUAUAAAAGAAUCAUCAUCUACCUGGAAUACAGCUGAGAGACAUAGCACAGAAAGACACUUCAACCAGUUACUUUGAUUUAACUCUCUCCUUUCCUUUUUCCCCCACAUGGUUUUCUACAGGACUCAACUCCUAGCUUUGAUGAUUCAGUAGAUAAACUUUAAGUCACAUUAAUUGGACGAAAUCCUUACUGAAUUUUAAUAAAGUUAAUCUGAAUAAAAAGAUCAUUUUAAUGAAA